AACGAAAGGAAAAGAGAGGCGCUAAUUACUGUUCCGAAAACAAAUCUGACAUGGGAGGAAAAUCCCAGAUUAUGUGGUGGCCAGCUGACCAACGGCAUCCUCAUCAGCAUGCUAACACCCCAAACUGACACAGUGGACAGGAUGAACACACAUUAAAAAGAGCAUGUUGGUAUUAUCACCAUUAGCAUGCAAAUGUUAGCAUUUAGCUUUGGUUUGAAAGAAAAAUGGACGCCUGGUCAGCAAAUCAAAGGUCUGCACUCAGGCUACGGAAGACUAGUUAGACUGUGUGUGUUUAUAAUGAGGCAGAAAGUGCACACCUGCCCGGCCCAUUAUAUUACAGAUAUGUAGAUAUUUGAUUAAUCCCUGGGGAGAAGUGACGCAUGAACUCUCUCACUUCAAAGUAAUGCAACUGCCUUUUCCCUCACUUUGAAGUUUGAAACCAUUUGGACUCUGUCCUUUAAAUAAUCUUUUCAUCUCCAAGGAUCUUUGUUUGUUCUGUUCAUGAGAAAGAACCAUGUAAACUACACCCCGAUCGAGAGCAACGAGGGAGGCCAGAUAUUUUGGUUUUGUUGAUUUCAGUGCCAAGUCACAGUGUUUGGUUUUUGAACAUUUUUUCCGUUCUAUGAAAUCCAAUACAAGAUAAACAAAACACACAUUAUCAUUGUCUUUGAGUGAAGGAACGAAUCCCCAUGGUAGCUGAACUCUACCUCUGACUUGAAGUGAGUCAAGUGAACACGUCACACGGACUGUGGUGUGACCUGCUUGGGCAUUUAAAGGCCGUUUACAUCUGUCCGUCAUAGCAACUGUUCUGUGGCUUUUUAGGGUUUUCUGUCGUGUUUCAGAAAGUAGUUCACCACAGGUGUGGUACAGCUCAGCCACCUGUGUGACUGUGGUUGAAACUGGCGCGAUGCUGAGAACUGUGAGGCUGUAGUUUGGAACAGAGGAUGCCAUGUGUUCAAUGAUCCCCAAAAAUUUCAGCGGGGUAGAUACGAGUGUGUGGAUUAACAUCCUGUUGGAAAUUCUUCUAUUUAACUAUCUAUCUAUCCGAGGUGACAGUGUGCCUCUGAAGACUUGAGUGCUACAAAAACAGUUUUUGACCCCAUUAGCACCAUGACCACAGACCACUGCAUGUGGGUAUAUAUAUGACUAGUUAGGGUGUCUCACAACCAGGUCAGACAGCCUGAGCUUGACUCAAUAGUAGACAUUUCUACCUCCCAGACUCGCUUCAGUUUAGUCUCAUCACUCCUUCAUCUCUCUCCUUCAUUCCCCAUCCAUGAUGAGUGUUAACGGGAGCUUCAACAUCACCAGCUGCUCCUCCUCGGGAUCUCCUCUGACCUCCUGCCUCCACCUCUGGUACAUCUGCGCUGGUGUGAUUAUCGCAGUCAUCUGUCUGCUUGGUAUCCCCGCCAACAUCGCCGUGAUAAUCACGCUCAGUCAGCAUCUUCACGGCUCCACCAUGUCGCAGCGCCUCUUCUUCAACCUGGCGGUGUCGGACCUCCUCUGCCUGCUCUGCCUGCCUUUUGGCGUGGUCAUUUUCUUCAGUGGAUCGCAUCUGACACACAGCGUCUGUCAGUUUCUCUUCUUCUUCUUCUUUUUCUGCAUCAGCUCCGACUUAAACAUUCUGGUGCUGAUAAGUAUUCAGAGGUACUACCAGAUUCUUCACAAUGCAAAGUGGGAAAAGCUGGGUCGUAACUGGCAGCGGUUGUUACUGAUGUCUGUGUGGAUGCUCGCCACCCUGGAGGCUCUUCCAGUUGUGUUUUCACUAACAGACGUGAAAACCAAGAGUGAGCAGACUGACUUCCGUUCCUGCAGCAAUCAAAGGAUCGCACCGAUGCUUGAACAAGUCUACAUCAUAUAUAUAGUGUUCAGCCAAAUAGUCUUGUUGUCCUUCUAUGUGCUACUCGUUAGAGGGGUCAAGCGAAUUCAAAGGCCCAACAAGAAGCAGUGUUACGAAAGAGUUACAAAACUUUUCAUUCGAAUCAUCGCCGUCUACCUGGUUGUUGGCUUUUUUCCUCUCAUUCUUCGUACACUGUACGUGUGUGCGCGUUUAAUGGGCUCAGAAAAACUGCUUCAUGUUAGUAAGAUGCUGACGUUUGUGGAAUGUUUUUACUUUUUCAAUCACUGCUUGAAUCCAUUCCUGUAUUUCUUUGCUUCUCGGCAUUACAAGAGAGUCCACAAGAGUUCCCUCCUUAAUGACAACUCCUAAUAUGAUGAUGAAUGUGGUUUGACAGACAUCAAAACAGGAAUUUGCUCAAGUCAAUCUCACUGAUGGUGAAGUACUGAAUGCUGUAUGCUUUGUACAUUAUUUGGACUGAAUGUAUCAGCUUGGAUACAAAACUUUUUUGUUUCUGUUAUGUUUCUGCUGCAUUAAUGUAUUUCAUAUCUUAUUAUAUAAUUUUGUAUAUGUAUAUAUUGUAUAUGUAACUUACUAUACUCACGUCAUACUUCCAUACGGCUUCCAUUUUCAUAUAAUAACAAGAUUUUAAACAAUGAUUAUUUUUGUUUUGUUUUUAAGACAGUGUGCCUUACAUAAAAAGAACAUUCUACAAAACAGACUUUGUGAUUUACACUGGCUGAAUGAAUGAAUUUACUAACUAACUACUUACUAAACUAACAAGAAUUCAAGUCUUGGGAAACCAGAGUGACCACGUCAACAUGUUGAUGGAGAGAUAUUUAACAUGUACACAAAGACUUAGCUGUGUGUUCAUGUUCAUGGUUGUGUGGGCAAAUUUUGGUUUAAAACCAUCCUUGUGGGGACAUUUUUGUAUUGUGGGGACAUUUUUGACAUUUUUUCCCACCAAAUUCAAAAAGCUGUUCAAUGGUUAAGACUUGGUUUUAAGGCUGAGGUUAGACUUUGUGAUUAGCACAAGGGGCUAGGGAAUGCAUCAUGUCAACGAGUGUCCUCACAUCUACU